AUGCGAGGGAGUGAGGAAAGAUGGGUAGGAGCCAAGGGAGCACGAGAGGGGAGGCUAGACGAGAGUGCAUGGGCACCCUGGUCUCGGCGGUGGCCAGAGAGGCGCGACGCGCUGAGCGGCGGGCUGGCGGCUUGGCGCAUCACGGUGGCGGAUCGUCGUGAUGCGCCCAGCAGGGUGGCCGCAUUGCGCAUCGCGACGGCGGCGGCCUGGUCGGCGCGAUGCGCGGAGCGGCCAAAAGCUGGCCGCAUUGCGCAUCGCGACGGCGGCGGCCCGGUAAUAGCCGUCAUCUUCCCACCACCCGACCUCCGCUUCCCCGCCACCCCAUCUCCCCUGCUCGCCGACCGAUCUCCCGUGCAACCCGCCCGAGUUCCCGUUCCCGCGGCCCGAUCUCCCAUUUCUGCCGCCCAAUAUCCCCUUCUCGCCUCCUCUCGCCUCCCCGCGCGUGCUCCUCUCGCCUCUCAGCGCGUGCUCCUCUCCCCUCCCAGCGCGUGCUCCUCUCCCCUCCGCGUGCGUGCUCCUCUCCCCUCCGCGUGCGUGCUCCUCUCCCCUCCGCGUGCGUGCUCCUCUCGCCUCCCUGCGCGUGCUCCUCUCCCCUCCCCGUGCGUGCUCCUCUCGUCUCUCCGCGCGUGCUCCUCUCCCCUCCCCGCGCGUGCUCCUCUCCCCUCCGCGUGCGUGCUCCUCUCCCCUCCGCGUGCGUGCUCCUCUCCCCUCCGCGUGCGUGCUCCUCUCGCCUCCCCGCGCGUGCUCCUCUCCCCUCCCCGUGCGUGCUCCUCUCGCCUCCUCGCGCGGCAUUCCCCCUGCACGCCCUCAUUUCCCCCCCUGCACGCCCUCAUUUCCCCCCCUGCACGCCCUCAUUUCCCCCCCUGCACGCCCUCAUUUCCCCCCCUGCACGCCCUCAUUUCCCCCCCUGCACGCCCUCAUUUCCCCCCCUGCACGCCCUCAUUUCCCCCCCUGCAGGCUCUCAUUACCCCCCUUUUAUGCACCCGUUUCCCCUCUGCUCACUCUCUUUCACCCCUCACUCACGCGUUUUCCCCUCUGCUCACUCUCUUUCCCCCACACUCACCCUUUCUCCCCUCUGCCCACUCUGUUUCCCCCGUCACUCACCUUCUUACCGAAUUCUCACUUUUCAUUCACCCCUUUUUCCAAUCCCGCUUCCCCUUUUCCAUCUCUCCUUCAUGCCUCCCACCACCUCUCCCUGCCUUCCUUGCUUCUCUCCUUAUCUCCUUCAUGCCUCCCACCAUCUCGUUUUCCUUCUCAUCUCUUGUGGGCCACAUCACAAGGCCCGUCUGCCCUCUCACACUCUUCCUGCCAUUCUCACUCUCGCAAUCCUCACCGCCGUCCCUUCCUUCCUGUAACCAAUCUCCCCUCCCCCCUUUUCCCUUCCUUCCCUCCACUUCCUCCCCUUCCCUUCCUUCUCUCCCCAUCAUUCCCUCCCCUUCCUCCCCUCCCCUUCAUCCCCAUCCCUGCCCUUUCCUCCCUGCCCUUCCCUUCUCGACCCCGCCCUUCUACGUCACUCCUCGCCUUCUGCCCUCCAGUUCAUGUGCAUGUGCUGCCAUCACUUUUGCCCCAUACAUGCAUCUUAUUAACUCAUGUUUACUCGCUUGUAUUCCCUUUUCACCCUCCGUCCCUUCAAAUCUCCCCUCACUUACUACCCAUCUCCCUGCCUUUCCAUCACACCUCCGUGCCUUCUCAUGGAUUUGA